AUGAAGUCUCUCUCCCAUCCCGCCAACAUCCCUGGCCUCUUCCAGUUCCCCCCCUCCCUCGAGCCCGACCUUGCCCCCUUUGACCAACGCACACCUCACCCCCUCACCGCUCCCCGACGUCCACCCCCCUCGGCCAGCUCCUCCGCCUCCACGAGCGCUAUGCGCCACGAUCACAACCUCGCCUUCCCACCCCGCGAGAUGCCAUCAUACGCCGUCUCCUCCGGCGAUCACUACUCCCACCGUGCUGCCUUUCUCCAACCCACGCUCGAUAUGCACGCGUCCAGCUUCGCGUCAUCAUCGUUGACGCCCCCCUUCCCUCGCGGAUACGUACACGCGGACAGGGCAACCGACGCGUACCACCCCCAGCAUCACUGGAACUCCAGCCCUGCCCCGCACCCCGGUGCGCACGCGCUUCAACCCCACCCUCCCUUCGACAACGACGUCAAGAUCGAGGACGGCGUUGACGAGCAGACCGAGAUGUGGCACCCAGAAAGCUCGCAGAUGGCUUACGGUGCGCAGCAGUGCUACUCCUACGAAGCCGUCGACGAGCAGAUGCACGACUGCAAGGAGGAGUGCGCAGACGAGGGCUACUCUAUGCAGUACCCCCAGCAGGUGUCUGAUCAUAGCCAGUCCUGGGAAUCCACGAUGGACGCCCCCCACACACAGCCGCCGUACCUCUCCAUCGACAUCCCCGACUACUCCAUCCCAUACGAAGACAACAUGUUCGUCGAGUCGCCCAUGUCCGCGCCCGAGAUGCACACCUACCCCGAGGCGUCCAUCCACAGAGCGCUCCCCGCGCUCACCGUCGCGACGCGCUCCUACACCCUCGAGGGCGCGAUCACGCCCAUCUCCCCCCAGCCCAAGCCCCGCGCGCUCACGUCCCCCGCUCCCCAGAUGAAGCGCAGGACCGACUCGCCCCCGCCCAUGGGCUUCCUCCGCCCUCCCACCCCGCCCCUCUCGCGCUCGUGCUCGUCCCCGUCCACCUCGCAGUCGUCCAUAGCGUCGAGCUCGGGCUCGGGCUCGGGCUCCGCCGCGCAGCCCUCGCCCCCCACCGAACCUCCUCCCUGCCCCGCCCAGCAGCAGCAGCAGCAGCAACUCCUCCAGAAACGCCCCCGCGGCCGCCCGCGCAAGAACCCGGCCCCUGUGCGCGCGCCCUCGCCCCCGCCCGUCGUCGACUACCCGUUCCCGCAGUUCCCUGCGCCCCUCGCGGGCGUCCCCUCCGCGUCGGCGUCGACGUCGGCGAUCCCCCCGCCCGCGCCGACGAUGACGAUCGCGGCGGGCCAGGCGAUGUUCAAGCUCAACAUGGCGCUUGGCGAGGGCGAGGGCGAGGGCAAGGAGCCCGAGAAGAAGAAGCCGAUCAUGGCGUGCCUCUUCUGCAGGGAGCGCAAGAUCGCGUGCGGGCCGCCGCCGCCGGGGGGCCCGCAGCGCUGCAACCAGUGCACGCGCCGCGGGCUCGUCUGCGAGUACCCGAAGGAGUCGCGGCGGGGCCAGCACAAGCGCGGGGCGCGCGCCGCGCGCGUCGAGGCGCUCGCGUCCGCGAGUGCGUCUGCGUCCGCCGCUGUCGCUACGUCGGCUUCGGCGUCCGCGAGCCCGACGUCGAUCAAGCCCAAGCCCAAGCCGAAAUCAAAGCCCAAGGCCGACGCGAAGGAGGUGGCCCAGGUGCCGUCCUCGCCGCUCACGCCCCUCCCCUCGCCCCUGCCGCAGUCUGCCGCCCUUCCCGCUAGUUGCGCUUCGUCCUCCACCUCCUUCGCGUCCUCCUCCGUCUCCUCCUUCGCCUCCCCCGGGACGCCCCCCGCUCCUCUGUCGGCCCCGGGCCCGGGGGAGCGCAAGAGCCGCGCGGACAAGGUCGCGGCGAAGGGCAAGGAGCGCUCGCGGUCGCGCUCGCUCGCGACGGCGGGCGCCGGGCCGUCCGCGGUGGACAUGGCGGCGAUGCGGCGCGUCGCGCAGAAGCGGGAGCAGCAGAAGAGGCGCGCUGCGGACGGCGCGGUGCCGAGUGGGAGUGGGAGCGGGCCUGCCGCGGGCGGAGAGGAGAGCGUCGGAGAUAGGGGCGGAGGGGGCCGACUGGGACUGGGACUGGGACUGGGACUGGGACUGGGGGGAGGGGGCCAGGGAGGGCGGCAGGGCGUGGACGUGGAUCUGAGGUUUGGGCACGCGCCUGCGGCGUAUGUGGGGCACCAGAUGGCGAUGGUCGGGAUGCAGGCGAUGCGGUGCGCUCGUGUCUGAAGUUUGCCCAUCUUUGCUUUUCGUUUUCUCGAUCGACUCGUCGCGCGUCGCUGCUUUCGGCUGUUCCUUUCCGCGGUGCGAUGUAUUGUACAUGCUUUACCGUUUUCUAUGCUCACGCUUUGUCUAUUCUGUUUCGUCUCCUCGCUUUCGUCGUUGUCAUACUCCACCGCCUUGAAUGUGUCGCCUUCUCGGCGCAAGAUGCUCACGUUGUCGCUCUGUUCUAGUGUACAUGUUCAUGUUCGUCGCAUGCUUUUCGUCUCCGCCCGCCUCCAUCCUCACGCCCCUUCCUCCAUCUCUGUGUCGGUGUCGGUGUCGUCUGCACACAGCGUUAUCUAUCUCGCACCAAAGCGGAUGUCUGGCUAAGUACAUACCAAUCAUAACCUCUCCC